AUGCGGUUCAAGGGCCAAAUUAAGAAUGUGAACUUGUUCGCAAAGUUCUGCGCUUCUUUGGCUUCACUUGGGCAGAUAGCCUGGUGUAGACUGAACGACGAUGAUGUCCAAUUUACCAUCAUCCCUGACAAGGGUAGUCAGGUCUGGUCCGUCCUGAAGCCCGAAACAGUCUUCGAGACGUACAUACUUCAGUCCGCCUCGCCAAAGAACACAAUCAACCUGGAGGUUCCUAUCCAGGCCCUGUCCCGAGCCCUCAAGUCGGCAUAUGGUUCGACAUCGGCGCAGAUCAGGCUGACCAAGAAGGACAAUGUGCCCAUGUUAUCCUUGACGAUCGUUACGAACACAUUCAGCAGCGGAAAUAAUCUUGUUGCAGCCCCAACCACGACGACCCGAAUUGGCGCCGAAUCUGGCGAGUUUGAUUUCAACGACGACGUGCCUGAUGUAUCCUUCAUCGGCGGGCAUGGAGGGGGCCCAAGGGAAAGAGAGACAGUCAUCACCCAAGAUAUACCGGUGAAAGUACUCUCGAUGGAAGUGGUGGAAAGGAUCCAUCAACCUCGAACCCAGGAGCCGGAUGUUAACAUCUACCUGCCCCCUCUCGCACAAAUCAAAACGAUAUCGGACCGAUUUACCAGAGUGGCCGUUGCUACUACAAAGGGGUCAUCAGCUACCAGUCCUCGCUUAGAACUCAGCGCCAACAUGCACGGCUCGCUGAAGAUUUCAGUCAAGACAGAUGCGCUUAACAUCACAAGCCGGUGGACCGGCCUCAUUAACCCUGAACUUGAUCCCGCUCAUCUCCCCGAUGGAUCGCAAGGCGUGAGAGAGCAUCCCAGCACCAUAAUGAAAGAGCUGGGUGGGCCGAACGGGGAGAAUGAAGCCGGCUGGUCCAAGGUCAGAAUCGAUGCAAAAGACUGGUCGAGGGUGUUGAGCGUGGGUAGAGUUAGUGCCAAGGUCAUUGCAUGUUUUAUCAACGAAAGCGGCUUGAUCUUGUAUGUGUAUUUGCCCAACGAUGACAAUGGGAGCGAAGACGAGUCGUGUCUUACGGUGAGCUCAACUCUCUAA